GCACCGGCCCUCAGGAUGGGGGCAAUCUGUGGAUUCAGAGGCUGGCCCAGGCCUGCGUCUCCCACCCUAAGCUGCAUUCAGUACCCCAUAACGAGAUCCCAAGGAGAGCCCGCCCCUCUCCGCAGGAGGGGGCCAGCUCUGGGAGGGACAGCAGAUUAGGGCCUAAGGGGCCACGUGACUCUCCCCCAGGAAUGUGAUGACGUCACCGGGGGCGGGGCCGUCCCCAAAAUUGGGGAGGAAGGGGAAAAAAAAAGGCAGAAAAAGUUUCUUUCCUGGAGUUCCAGAAGAGGUGUGGGACGUUAAAAGGGGUCAAGGCGGGAGGCUUGGGGCUCUGUAGGGCCCUGACUGCUGUCUGGAGUCUCCCAUUCCAGGCCAUGUCGGGGCCCACCUGGCUUCCCCCGAAGCAGCUGGAGCCUGCCAGAGCUCCUCAGGGGAGAGCACUCCCCCGAGGGACCCAGGGGCUGCCACCGGCAGCACUCCAGUCCCACCCCAGGGUCAACUUUUGCCCCCUCCCAUCUGAGCAGUGUUACCAAGCCCCAGGGGUACCGGACGAUCGGGGGCCGCCCUGGGUGGGGUCCCAUGGAACACCCCAGUGCUCACAGGGGUUCCCUGCAGACAGGGCGGGCCUGCGCCCAGGAAGUCUGGAUGCUGAGAUAGAUUCGCUGACCAGCAUGCUGGCUGAGCUGGAUGGGGGUCGUGGUCACGCCCCACGGCGGCCAGAAAGACAGACUUAUGAGCCUCCUCAGCCUCCUGCUUACCGCAUGGGUUCCCUGAAGCCAAAUGGAGGGAGCCUUCCAACACCAUCACUCCCAGCACCCCCCUAUGGGGGCCCCACUCCAGCCUCCUAUGCUACUGCCAGCACCCCGGCUGGCCCUGCCUUCCCUGUGCAAGUGAAGGUGGCACAACCAGUGAGAGGCUGCGGCCCUCCAAGGCGGGGAGGCCCUCAGGCCUCUGGGCACCUCUCGGGUCCCCACUUUCCUCUCCCAGGCCGUGGUGAAUUCUGGGGGGCUGGCUACAGGAACCAUCAUGAGCCAGGGCCUGGGGGUAAGGAAGAGCCUACUGGGGUCUCGGGCCCUUCAGGAAGAGGAAGAGGAGGUGGGCACGUGUCCCAGCAUCAGGAAUUACAGGUGGGACCCAACCCGGUUCUCGCCUCCCAGGUCCCCCUGAGCCAGCCCCCAGAAGAGGAGCUGGAGAGGCUGACCAGGAAGCUGGUGCAUGAUAUGAACCACCCGCCCAGUGGGGAGUACUUUGGGCGGUGUGGCGGCUGUGGAGAAGAUGUAGUUGGGGAUGGGGCGGGAGUUGUGGCCCUCGACCGCGUCUUCCACGUUGGCUGCUUUGUGUGUUCCACGUGCCGGGCCCAGCUCCGGGGCCAGCAUUUCUACGCAGUGGAGAGGAGAGCGUACUGCGAGAGCUGCUAUGUGGCCACCCUGGAGAAAUGUUCCACAUGCUCUCAGCCCAUUCUGGACCGUAUCCUGAGGGCCAUGGGGAAGGCCUACCACCCUGGCUGCUUCACCUGCGUGGUGUGCCACCGUGGCCUUGAUGGCAUCCCCUUCACAGUGGAUGCCACCAGCCAGAUCCACUGCAUCGAGGACUUUCACAGAAAGUUUGCUCCACGAUGUUCAGUGUGUGGUGGGGCCAUCAUGCCCGAGCCUGGUCAGGAAGAGACUGUGCGAAUUGUUGCUCUGGAUCGCAGUUUUCAUGUUGGCUGUUACAAGUGUGAGGAGUGUGGACUGCUGCUCUCCUCUGAGGGCGAGUGUCAGGGCUGCUACCCACUGGAUGGGCACAUCUUGUGCAAAGCCUGCAGUGCCUGGCGCAUCCAGGAACUCUCAGCCACCGUCACCACCGACUGCUGAGUCUCCUAGAAGCACCUGUUACAUUCUCAGUUCUCAUUGAUCCACCUCCCUGACAUCUACCUGUACAACUUGGUUACCAAAUGCUGUCUCCUCUCCCUGCAAUCAUAAAAUAAGAAUCCUGUAAGAGUUUACAAAACA